ACAGUAUAAAGAUCUUUAUACUGUGUUAGUACCUAUUAAUAAUGAAUUUAGAAUCGGAAAGUGUUCUGUUAACUAUCAUAGAACCAUUUUUUGGAGGAUCUCACAAAGUUUUGGUUGAUACAUUGACUAAAAGCUUUCAGAAUCAUAAAAUCAAAUAUUCCCUAAUUACUUUACCUGCAAAAAAAUGGCAUUGGAGAGCCAGAUGUGGUGCUUUGCAAUUAUACGACAAAAUACCUAAAAUUACCACCGAGAAAGUAUUAUGGACAAGUUCUGUUUUAAAUUUAGCGGAGUUACUUGGUCUUCGACCUGACCUGAUCCCUUUGAAGAAAAUUGUCUAUUUUCAUGAAAACCAGCUAAUAUAUCCUGUACAACAGAUUAAAUCCAGAGAUGUGCAGUAUUCUUAUAAUCAGAUUACUACAUGGUAAACAAUAUAAGAUCGGAUGUAGGGUGAAGGUACCAAAUAAUGAGGGAAAGAAAUCUUUAUUAAGUAGGCAUGCCUAAUAUACAAAUAAAUAGAUAAUUAGCUCGAGAAAUAAUUGAAUAGUAGCCAUUAAAAGAUCAAUUAUUUUGAAAUAUUGAAAAUUUAUUUGUCAUACUAACA